AUGUCAAAUUUAGAAGAACUCAGUUUAUAUUUUGUCAAUCAUAAUACACCAAUUAUUGAUGGUAAUGAUUUGAAAAUGAAUAUUAUGAAUUAUAUGAGAAAAUUAAAGAAAUUUAAAUUUAAUAUUCGUUCAGUCAUUUCUCUCAAUAAUCAAGUUUAUUUACCAUCACAUGAAUAUAUUCAAAAUACAUUUAAAAAUUUAAAAAACAAUCAAAUUAUUUCAUGUAUUGAUUAUUUUCCAAAAGCAAAUGAAUUUCAUUGUCAUAUUUAUUCAUAUCCAUAUACAUGGAGUUAUUAUGAUAAUAUAACGAACAAUUUUCAUGAUGGAUUAUUUAAACGUGUUUAUGUAAUAUCAUUAUUUGAUGAACGUCCUUUUGAACGUGAAUUUUUUCUUAAAAUUGCUAAAUCAUUUCCAUGUAUCGAGGAAUUACGUUUACAUAAUCGAGAACCACAAAAGAAUGACAAUCAACAAUGGUCAAUCAUUGAAUAUCCUCAUCUUAUUAGACUUGAUCUUGUUCAAACUCAUGAAAAUUAUGUCGAACAAUUUUUGAAUAAUACUAAAGUGUGUUUAUUAAAUGAUUUUGAUCUUCGUGUGGAUUAUAAUACUUUACAAAGAGUAACAGACAAUUUUACAAGUGAUGCUACACGAAUCAAUUGUUCUAAAAUCAAAUGUCUAUUUUUAUACAAUGAACCAGAAUUAUCUCGAGAUUUAAAAGACUAUUUUCCUCAUGCAAAAAUCUGCUGA